UCUGUAGUGGGUGAUCUAACUCACAAGAUACCACAAACCAUUCUCUUCCUAUAAAUAAGCUCAGCUCAGUCUAUAGAUUCCAUCAUCUCCUAACUUUCUUCUGAGAAUGGCCUAUGGUAGAAGAAGCGCCACUUCUUCAAUCUCCGAGGCCUUCACUGACCUCAAUCCUCUGCCAUACCCGGUCUUGGUCAUCCUAGGAGUGAUCUUCAUCUUCCUGGGCACAUCAUGGUAUUUCAGCUUCGAGGAUUUUAUGGAGAGUGCCGAAGAGCAGAUGGGCUGGAUUCUGUUGGCCGCGCCGCUGGUCUUGCUCGUCCUGGUCCGGUGGUUGUCGACAUCCGCUGAAGACCCGAUGGGCUUCUUUGCCACGUCUCCGUGGGACCGGUGGCGCCGAACAUAUCGCCAGCCCACCGAGGGAAGCUCGCCGUGGGGCGUCGCCGCUUUGAUAGUUUUGCUGCUUGUUUUGAUGCAAUACCAAUCUGCCUUCCGAGAAAGCUGGUUUAACCCUUUUUGAACAAUCAUGCCCUAGUGCAAGUUCUUUUUUACUAAGAUAGGUUCUUUUUUAUGCUAAGUCUUUCGUUUGUUUUCGUUAGUGAGGGAAAAGGGUAUCUACUAUUUAGUGUAGAGUGCCAAGAUUGGUGUAUAUAUUGCAUGACCUGUUCUUGUUUUAGUUGUGUAGAUAUAAUACUACGGUUUGUCCAAA